CCCCGCCUCCCCCCACCCACGUGACGUCACGUCCGUUUCCGGCACGUGCAGCAGGGCAGCAGCAUGGCUCCCAAACCUCGCGGGGUCGUGGCGAUGGCGCGGGCGGCUGUCGGCUUCAUCUCGGAUCGCCAAGACUUCAAGAGGAACCUGCUGGUGAACGUGGCCCUCUUCGCCGCGGGGGUGUGGGUGGCGCGAAACGUCGCCGACCUGGACCUCAUGGCUCCCGCGCCACUCCCGUAGAGAUCCAUCGCACCUUCUCUGAAGCUGUUCCUAUUGCCCGACAACCCCAAACCCUCGUGGACCAUUGUCAGUGUAAGAUGUUGUGAAAUCAUAAUAAAGUAUUUUGCCUCGGCAAAACAAAAAA